CGAAAGUUUCUUCCUGAUCGAUGUGAUUUCUGCGAAGAUUUUUUAAAUUACGCUGUGUUUGCUUCUUUAUUCCUCUACCAGAAUGUCGUGUUGGGAAGAGCUACAAACGAAGUCGUAGAUCAGAAACAAGGUUAACACAAAAAGAAACGCUACUUCGUCGAAGAAAAAUAUAUCCAUUAUGAGUUCUGAAGGGCCGCCGCUUCGUUCUCAUCCAAGCUCAGAGCUUGAUUACUACGACAUCGACGACAUAUUGGCCACACAAGGAAGAAUUCCAUGUAAACUAGAAGCACAAGUUUAUAAUCUGGGCUUCUUAGAUCCUAGUUCUGAAGGAAGUGAUCUCCAGGCUGGAUCAAAACUCGAGCUUCCAUUCUGGCUGGCCAAAGAACUUUGCAACAGAAGAAGAAAAAUUGUUUCGGUGGACAUUCCUAAAGCUUACAAAGACGGCUACCGUGAGAUUUUUAAAGCGGACGCUAGUGUUGUGGAUCUUCAUCGAUUAGGACCGUAUUUUUACGAGUUUGGAACAAAGUUGCUGCUUUUUGAUUUUGAAGAAAAUUCCCAAAUGGCUUCUUCCAUGCAGGAGGUACGUUAACUUUGUGUUUAACGAGAGAUAGGCGAGGUGGGGAUGAGGUUUUUUUUUCUUUGUUUGUUUGUUUUUCUCUUUUCUCCCCCUGGGUUGUGUGGGUAAGGAGGAAGUUUGCGUAGUCAAAGUCUUAAAUAAAGAAGUGGGCAAGAUUUCUGCAACGCCACCAUACUUUAUCAUUGAAAGCAAUGACAAGGACGUACCCAAACCAGUCGCUAAACACUCUAAUCUCCCUAAUCUUCCCAAGAAGUAAUCUUUCCAGGUCUGUUACGAUAAAGGAAAAUGCAGAAGAGAGUAUUGAAACAAAUUCAGGCUUUAACUGGAGUUGAACCCAUGCCCCCCUGCCCCCCCAUCACGUAUUGGGUACAACUAUUUAAUGAGUCACAAAGCCACAAGUAAGGAGCAUUGUAGGUUCCCACAGAGGAAUGAGAUCACAAUUAUGGGACGAUUCAUUUGAUUGCUUGGCUGGUAACAUAAUUUUAGAUGAUAGUAAAUUCUGUUGUCAGACCUAUCGCAAGUUGUGCCCUCAUAACCUUCUUAUAAUCUGACAUUUCUCUAUGUAGAAGUUGAUAUUCCAAGAAAAAACCCUUCCAGUAAUUUUCCCUUUUAGCUAAACAGUAAAAUGUGCUGUUGUGGAGAUUUCCCUCAUUUAGUUUACUUGUUUGUUUGUUUGUUUUUAAUUUUCAUCUUCCUUAGACCAAUUGAUGGAAAUACUCAUCUCGAUGUUAACUGCAAGUAAAUUUGAAACACCUAUUGAUGUGACUGGGCUUUCCUUUCAGACAUUCAUGAAGAGAUUUAGAAAAAUAAUGGAUUCAUCUCAGAAUGCUGCAAAUGAGGAUACCUCCUUGUUAACAAACAAGCUGGAGCACAUUGAAAGACAGGUGUUCACUGCAGGACGUAAGGGAGUGAAAGAAUUUCUUCAGUGGGAGGCUGGCAGAACAUCCAAACUUACAACAUCAGAGAAUGUGGUCAACCAUAAAAAACGCAAAAGGUCUAUGAUUGAGUGAAAUUUCACACCAGACUGGGUCAACAAAGAGGUUUGGACAAUGCCAUAGAUUUACUUUGUUCUUAAUUGUACAAUCGUGAUUUAAAAGAGAAGUAUGCUCAAGAGAGCAUGUUAUUUUUAAUCUCCCCCCUAAAAUAUCUGAAAUUGACUUUGAAAGCAAGAAUUUUGUCUUUUUACAAGAUAAGACCUACAAGCUGAUAGGUUUUUCUGUUCUUGUCACCUGUUAAGUGGAUUAAGUAUAAGCAUAGUGAAGAGAAGUUGUACUAGUAUGUAAUUUUGGUCCAUGAGGUAGAUGUUUGACUUAUGUUCACACCUUUUGAUGUACUGUUCUGUCCUCAUUUUUUUAAAAUGAGUCUGCUAAUUUAUUUUUUGCAGCCUAUUAGAUUUAAUAUACUUUAUUUCAUUCUUUCCCUCACUUUUCUUAAAUUAAUUUACUGUUUGAAUGCAAUUAACAACUCUACUAUGGGAUCUGUAUAUGUUUUUGGCCAGACACAUCUUGAGAAACUAAGGAAUUUUUUGUAAAUCACCUAUCAGCCGUAGCACCAUUAUAACUAAAUAUGAAUAGGAUGUAACUUGGAAUCAUCUGCUUAUUUUUAGUAGACUUUUAUUGAACACAAACUUGUUUUAAACAAAACACUCUCUUGUAACAAAUAACAAUUAUUAGAAAUAUCACACGAAUCACAUACUGUCAGCACCCAAAAGUGGAAUUUACAAAUCUUGAAGUAAAUUUUUUUGUGAAUAUCUUAUGUACUGUUAUUUAAAUUGAUCAUUAUUCAUUAAUAUAGACACUAAACUUAUUCUAGACAUUGAUCUGAGUUUUCUUUUAGAAUCUAAUUUUUACUUACUGGCUUUAAACCCUCUAACCCACAAGAUCUCAGGGGUAAGUCUUCCUACUGUUUACCAUGCAAUUCUAACUUACAAGAUUAGUUCAGAUAAUUUGGUAUUGAAUCAAUUAAGAAUUCCCUAAUUCAUAUUAUUCUUUAUUCCUUUUACUUUUCUGCUUAAUAUUGUUUCAAUAUCGUAAGGAGAAAUUCCUUCUUGGUCACUUGGGGAGUUGAAGGUUUAAAAAGACUUACAAAUCUUACUUUAUUGCGAGCUCACAACUACAUUUUGGUUUGCAUGGAGGUUGAUUAAGGAACAAGUUAGAUAUAUUAAUACCUCUACAAGAGACAUGUCAACAUGUCUCACUUUUUCAAUCUUUGAUGAUUUAAAGUUGAGGAUGUGGUACUGAAAUGCCUUGCUUCUUUGAGGGUAAAAUUUCAUAGACCACAACAUCACCAACAAAUUGACCUCAAUUUUCUAUUUUUACUACACUACUUCUAUUGGUCAUAGAAAUGACAUAAACAGUGUUCAAAUCUCUAAAUACAGCUUUGCUCUGGGACUCUGCCCUCAAACUACUCAUAAACAAAUACAUUUUCUCCCAACUAGCCAUCAGCAUGAAACAGGAUUGGCAUCUUAAAUUUGCAAUUAGUUUGUAAGGUUAAAGUAGUUCUAAGAAAAUUCAUCCUUUCACUCCCAAGAUCUAAUUUCAAUUCUCCACAUUAUCUGCGAUACAUUUUUUAUGUUUCAGAUCUGAUUAUUUUUUGUGAAAUCAAAUUAUAAGCCUUUAUUGAAAUUUUCCUUCUUCUCAUCACCUUUCUCAUGGAAAAUGUAUAGAUAUGAAAAGGAGAAAUUCACUGUUGGUCAAUCCUGGGAGUGAAAGGGUUAAAUUUCAUCAACUCCUUCUUUACAAUCACAAUUUAAUAAAUUUAAUAGCAUCAACCUAGGUUCACUCAUGGGUAUCUUACCACCAAUUGUUUUGAAAUGAGCUAUUUAGCUAUAGUUAACAAUAAUAUUUACUUUAUUGUUCUACAAUAACUUAAAAAAAAAUAACUCAUUAUUUUCCUCUCUAAACACUGAACAAAUAUAUUGCCCCUCAUCAAAAAAAUAAUAAUAAUAAUAAAUAAAAUAUACACGACUGUUUAUGGAUGACAUGG